AUGCCUCCCAAAGCCAAGCCUGCUGCCGCCAUCUCCCAAGUCUACGUCUUAUCCAGCGACGGUGACAUCGACUCUGUCCACGCAUCUAUCGACUCAGCCAACGAGCGCAUCGAUGAGGCAAAGGCCGAAGGAUCCAACGACGUCGUGAUGGAGGUACAAGAGCUGCAGGGCGGAAGCAUCCAAGUUAACCAGAAGACGCCCGCCGCCAAGCCAAAAUCCAAAGCCAAGGCCAAGGUCAAGGCACCCAAGGACGAAGAGGACGAAGAUGAGGACGAGGACGAGCCUCCAAAGUCGAAGACAAAGCCUGCUGCCGAGCAACGUGCUGCAAAUUCGGCCAAGGGCAAGGCCACCAAGUCUGCAAAUGAAGACCUGCCAGAGAAUGUGCAGCAUCUACUCGCAAACCCAAGCACUGCACUGGCUGGCUUCAUCGUCGUGGUCACCGGCGUUCCUCCAACUAUAGGCCGAAAGAAUGCAGAGAAGCUGGUCGAGACACACGGCGGCAAGCUUGGAAAAUCCAUCACCGGCAAGACGAGCUACGUCGUCCUUGGAAACGACGCAGGUCCGAAGAAGCUGGAGCAGAUUGAGCAACACAACAUUGAAACCCUGGAUGAAGAUGCUUUGAUCGAACUGCUUGAGGGUGGCGGCGCCUCAUCGAAAAGAAGUGUAGAGGAUAACGACGAGAAGCCUGCGAAGGCGAAGAAGCAGAAGAAGUGA